AUCUUGCAUGAUAAGAGAAAAACUGACGAUAACAAAACAAAAGUGAAAAAGUUUAAUAUUUAGGAGGAAAACUAAACAUUUUUGUAAUUAUAAAAUAUAAUGCCAAAAACAUAUACAAAAGUUUAUAAUUUUAAUUUAAAAAAUCGUUAAUUUGCUAUGCAACUUGGUAAACGAAAAAUGUACGGCUAUAAAGUCGAAAAAAGUGGAGUUCUCCUGCAAUGCCUCUACAUCAGACUCCACUAUGUUCUUGAUAGCCGUUCCAACUAAAAUACCGUUAACUGAACUAUAGACUCAAAUUGUACACAUCUUGACAUUUUAACAUAACAACGUUGACUAAAAAUUAUUAUUUAUACAUGAUCCCUUGGAUGCGUGCCAGGUGGGCGGCACGCAAUAAACGAACCGCCGGUGAGGAGAAAACAAAUGCUGCACAAGCGACUUGCAGUCGAACAACUGAUGGUUUACGAACCACAAGUGUCAAUUCGAAUACAACUGCAGCCGCUACAACAACUGUAGCAUGCGAACAGCAAAACAUAAAACACAGCGUCUCACCAGCGCGUCACACGGCGCCACCACAACGACGUAACCGUGCAAUGGUUCAGACAUCACCAGCAAGCAGCAUAAACCACCAGCAAAGCAUGCGAGCGGGACAAUCGUCGCUGCAAACGCUGCCACCGGCACAACAACUGCAGCGGCAGCAUGGAAGUCCUACGCUUACGCCGCAGCCACGUCGAGUGUCAAAAAUAAGAGGCUCACGUCGUUCAUCGGGUAUUUCAAGCUCCGACUCUGCUACGCCCGGCUCUAGCGAAAAUAUCGAACGUGGUGAGACUAAACAAAAUAUCAGGGUGCGUGUCAUUUGCCCCAGCGCACGUGUGCUCAUAUUCCAAACAGACGUGAACAAACGCAUCGCGGAGCUAAAAAACGAAGUAAUGCUCGAAUUGUCCGAUGAUGCAAGCGCCAUACCACUAUUCGCCACAGACGUGCGACAGCUAGGACCACGUUAUCGCAUAAUGCGCGCUGAAUAUCAAGGCGCGGAAUUGAAUGAAACGAUGACGCUGGCGCAAUUGAAAAUCGAAGACAACUCCAUGUUAUUACUGGUGCCGAGGCGACAGCAUCUACAACAAAUGACUGUGGUGACGCGCGAUGUGCAAGCGCCGCGUGAAUUGGAAAUCAAUGCGGCCACACGUAAUGUGCUGCCGCAUACGGUGGACAUGCCCAUGGUGGACAUCAAUGAGAUAUUUCAGCAAUCGAAUCUGCAAUUCGAUGUGCGCAAAGUGCUCAUCUCAUUGGCGCAAGCUUCUGCGGUCAUUAUAGGCGCAGGGCCAUAUGCAACACGUCUGAUUGCGAUGCUUAAACAAAAGCUAAUCAACAAACGAAACUAUCAGAAUGAUACACUGCAGUGCCUUGUCGAUAUGGGUUUUAAAAAGGAGAAGGCCGAGUAUGCGCUUAAGGUUAAUCAAGGUGUCUACUCAACGGCACUGGAGUGGUUGAUACAACAUCAAAGUGAAGAGAGCUCGAUAGAGGAGGCCGCAAUGGGUUUGCAGAAAAGCCAAUCGGUGCUAUCACCUUCGGGAAUACUCACAAAUGAUACCAUUGUUGAGAACACUGAAGCUUUGCUAGAAAUAGUACGCAUCUAUAGUCAUCGUGAUAUGCCGCCGUCGCCGGAAACUAUUAACUCACUAGUCGAGAUGGGUUUCGAAGAGACUGAAGUGCUGAAAGCUUUAAAGAAGACUUGCAAUAAUAAAGCCGCUGCAUGUGAGUGGCUUUGUGGCAAUCGUACGGGCAGUUUGAUUGAGCUGCGGGAAGGCCUAUCGCAAGAUUCACCCAUACUCAAAGCCAUACUCGAAAUGCCGCAAGUACAGAUGAACUUGAGCAAUCCCAAAAUACUAAUAGCCUUUGUGUCCAUACUCGAGAAUGAGAAUUCUAUACGCGUUUGGGGUGGCGACAAUGAUACCACCUCCGUUAUUACACAUAUCCUGCAGAAAUAUCAUGAAGAGAAGCAUGUAUUGGGCAUCAAUCAGUUUUAUAGUAAUCGUCAGUAGCAUUUAGAAAAAAAACAAUAACAAGGCGCAUGCGCACAACAUAAGUCAUAUUUGUAUGUAUGCGUCAUAAAAGCAUUAACGCUUAGAUUUUGCUUCAAACUGACAACUUGUGACAUGAAUUUGCGUUUAGCUUAGUGAAAUAACGUAUUUUAUAACUAAAUUACUUAUAGUAAAUGAAUAUCAAAUACCAAAGAAUAGCAAGCUGUUGUUGUAAUAGACAAAAUAGUUACCGCAUAUGACGAUAAUUUGUAAUAGCUAACGGAAAAUUAAAAAAAAAUAAUAAUAAUAUAUAUGUAUGUACGCAACGCACAGCACGCGCCAAAAAGCCUCUUUUUUACAUAUGCGUAAAUAUUUGGAGUAUAUAAAAAAUUAAAUACAAAGUUAAAACCAACAAAAAAGUGAAAGUGCAAUUUUAGCGCUUAUGAACUUCGUUAAUAAACUUAAAUAAGUUCGCAUAAUAAAAAAAAAACAAAGUGUAGCGUGAAAUUAAACAAUAGAGUUUAAUAGUCCAGUCAUUUUAACUUUUGCUAGCCGCCAAAUUUUAUUAGUACCUUAAGCGUAAUUACAUAACAACUAAAUAGUGUAAAUGUUGUGACAUUCUAAGCGAUCGCAUAGUUGUAACGAAAAUUAUUUUUGGAAUACGAAGCAUAUCUACACAACAUAUUAAAAAGAAUAAAAAUUAAAAAAUAAUUGAAAUGCAAAAGAAUAAAAAAAAUAACAAAAACAACAGCCAGAGCUUAGCACCGUCGAAUUCGUGAAGUAUGCAGUACUUUUAGUUAGCUUACGAUGUGAAGAAUUUAAUAAAAAUAAAAAAAAACGAAAAAAUGAACGAAGUAAUUUUUAAGCACCGCGACUAAUGCCAAUUAUUUUCAAAAAAAAAAAAAAUGUUUG